AUGGCGGGGGUUUCUCCGUUGGCCAAGUUCAAGCUGGUGUUCUUAGGUGAUCAAUCCGUCGGGAAAACCAGCAUCAUCACCCGUUUCAUGUAUGACAAAUUCGACACCACUUACCAGCCUACCAUUGGGAUUGAUUUUCUGUCAAAAACAAUGUACCUCGAAGAUCGAACGGUCCGUCUGCAGCUAUGGGAUACGGCAGGACAAGAAAGAUUCAGGAGUCUAAUCCCAAGUUACAUCAGAGAUUCUUCUGUUGCCAUUGUUGUAUAUGAUGUAGCCAAUAGGCAAACGUUUCAGAAUGUGUCGAAAUGGAUUGAUGAUGUUCACAGAGAAAGAGGUUUAGGCGACGUUAUUAUUGUUCUCGUUGGCAACAAAACUGAUCUCGUUGACAAAAGGCAAGUAUCGAUCAGUGAAGGGGAAGAUAAGGGUAAAGAGCAUGGUGUCAUGUUCAUUGAGACCAGCGCCAAAGAAAAUUUCAACAUUAAGGCUUUGUUCCGGAAGAUAGCAGCAGCAUUACCAGGGAUGGAUUCAUAUUCGGCAACAAGAUCAGAGGACAUGGUUGAUGUGAACCUAAAGAACACUUCGAGCUCAUCACAAGGUGAGCAACAAGGAGGUGGUGGUGGUGGAGGCUGUUCGUGUUGA